AUGCUUUUGAGUUUGCCCACUACGCUUCCCUGUGACGCCUGGGACUGUGACUGUGUCUUCAAGCAUCAGAGGAGCUGCUGUUGUGUGUACAACAAGUUGGGUCGGCUGUCAGUGGAUACCUUCCACAGCCUGGAUUACAUCUCCGACUCCCUCAGUCAGCUGCAAGAAGACAUUGUCUCACUCACAGGAGAACAUUACGCCUUCAAGGCAUCAAUUGGACAGCCGAGCUACCGCUGCUUUGGCCCCUUCACCCGCAACGUGCCCGUCCCUUACAACAAUGUUACCCUGAACGACGGCAGAGCUUAUAACCCUGCUCUAGGUAUCUUCACGGCCCGUUUUGACGGCAUCUACUCCUUCACCUUCACCACCUACUCCAACUUGAUCGCACCUGGCAUGCGGCAAUACGUCCAGCUACAGCUCAUGAAGAAUGGAGAGCCAGUUGUGGGGGUGUGGGAGGACAACCGGGAGGACUCGGAGGACUCUUCCACCCAGGAGUUAUUGCUGCCUCUGGAGCGCGGCGACCAGGUCUACAUAGAGCUCGUAGCUGGGAGGUACCUCUGCGGUGAUUUGAAAUACAAUGUCUUCUCUGGGUUCCUGCUCUACCCAAACUGA